GUAUGAACGUUUUAACCGAAAUAUAGCGACUCAUCCUGGAACACACCUUCUACCAUUUUUAAACCACCUGGCGAAGAAACAAACAGUAGCUGCUUUGUCUACUAUCAUGGAUGAAUUGGAGAAUCGGCUGGAAGAAAAAGCUAAAAGGAGCGAGCUGAAAGCCAUAGAAGCCUCACAGAAACUGCACGGCUUGAUGCUCCUUCUACAGAAAAGACAUGACGAUGAAGAGAGCAGUUCCCAUCAAUCUAUUCUCUCACAUGAAAGAACUUCUCAGUUUCAGGGAGGCAGUUGAAAGCUCUGCAAAACAAUAUUCUCAUUCUCAAAACAAUAGCACCCUGUCAGCUGCAGUGAAUUUUAUUGAUCUUGCGGGAAGCGAGCGUGCAUCACAAACAUUAUCAGCUGGUACAAGACUAAAAGAAGGCUGCCAUAUUAACCGUAGUUUGCUAACACUUGGGACUGUAAUUCGUAAACUGAGCAAAGGAAGAAAUGGCCACAUCCCAUACAGAGACUCUAAGCUAACCCGUAUUCUACAAAACUCGCUAGGAGGAAACGCUAGAACUGCCAUCAUUUGUACAAUGAGCCCCGCACAUAGUCAUGUUGAGCAGUCAAGAAACACUUUAUUGUUUGCUACUUGUGCUAAACAAGUUGCAACCAAAGCAAAAGUCAACGUGGUGAUGUCCGAUAAAGCGUUAGUGAGGCAGUUGCAAAAAGAAUUGGCAAGACUCGAAAAUGAAUUGAGGGCAUUGAAAUCACGUUCCACAGAUGAAAAUUCUGCUUUAGUACUUAAGGAGAAAGAAGGUGUCAUUGAAAAGAUGGAUAAGGAAAUGAGGGAGUUGAUGAUGCAACGGGACAUAGCUCAAUCUCGGAUGCAGAGUUUGUUACAUUCAAGAUCAUCAUGGACGGAGAUGAGUUACCAAUUAGAAAAUGAAUUUCAAACCCCUGAAGAAUAUACAGCAUCUGAAGCAUCAGAUACUCCUUUCGUCCAGAUGGAGGGGCCUUUUUCAUCAUCAUCAUCAUCAUCAUCCAGAUUUGAAGAACAACGAAUUGUUGAUGAUAAGGCAGCCAUUGAGGAGCCAUUUCUCUCUGAUGAUACCUCCCCAAGGCUCUUCAUCGACAAGUAUUUCGGACCUGAUCCAUGCAAGAAUUUGCAGAUUCCUCCUACUAAUCAUGGAUCUGUUCAUAGUUUUGCUGAUAGUUGCAAAGAAGUUCAAUGUAUAGAAAUGGACAUAGAUUCAACUCAUUCUGAAGGUGCCAAGGAUGAAGAAGUUAACAAUGGAAGUAAGGCAUUCACUACAGAGUCCAAAAGUGGUGCCAAUGAUGAUGAUGACUUCUUGGAUGUAAUUGUUAAGGAACAUAAGUUUAAGAUAUCAAUGGGUGAUGAUGUCAUAGCUUAUGAAGAUGUCGAAGCUAUGCCUGAAAAUCAAUUUUGUGAUGACCCCAACCGUGCGGUGCCUGAGGAGCAAGUCUUUGACAAUGAGUUCCCGAAGGAUGAUCUGAAGACUGAGGCAUUGGCAGAAGUUGUAGGGAAUUCUGAGUGGUCACAGGAAUUCGAGAGGCAGAGAAGAGAAAUCAUUGAGCUUUGGGAUGUUUGCCAUAUGCCAUUGGUCCACAGAACAUAUUUUUUCCUUCUCUUUAAAGGAGAUCCAUCAGAUGCCGUUUACAUGGAGGUGGAGCUUAGACGGUUACAGUUUCUCAAGAAUUCAUGGUCUCAAGGAGAAAGAAUAGUAAAAGAUGGCCAAAUAGUAACAGAGGCCGCAAGCAUAAAAGGCAUGAAGAGGGAAAGGGAAAUGCUGUGCAGGCAGAUGCUUAAGGUAUUGAGUGGAAGCGAGAGAAACAAGCUGUUUCAGAAAUGGGGAGUCGGGCUUAAUAGCAAGAAAAGAAGACUUCAGCUGUGCAAUAAGCUGUGGAAAGACAGCAAAGACAUGGAUCAUCUAAAGCAAAGUGCAUCACUUGUUGCCAAAUUAGUUGGGAUCAUAGGGCCAAACGAGGCAUCCAAGGCUAUGUUUGAACUGAACUUUUCACCCCAGCCUAUCAACCACCUCAGAUCCUUUAGCUGGGCUCCACGAAUGGCUUUCAUGAUCUAAGCAAGCACACAAGGGGCACACUCACCCCCCUAUUGGCCAUAAUUAAUCUCCACCUUUUUUUAUAUUUAAUCCAUCUUUGAUUCCCAUUCUAUAUCGCAUUCCCAAACAAUGUAAAAAAUCAUUGUGUAAUUAAGAAGUGCUACUUCAGAUUCUUGUAAGGUCUUGGAUCAUUGGAGCUCUCUAUGGUCAAAUUUUUUAUGUUAACUG